AUGUCCAUGCCGGAUUCCGACAUAGAAAGCUGCAAUUUGGGCAUUGAUCUGUCGUCCAAGAGACGCAUCAAACACCCACUGGGCGCUCCACUGUUCUGGCAAGGCUUGCAUAGCACCUACCAGGAUUACUGCCAGCACACAUCGUUGCACGGCGUGCAGUAUCUGGGCGAGCGGCAUCGUCCGAUGAAAGAGCGCAUCUUUUGGUUAAUUGUGUUUGUGGUUUCCAUUUACAGCUGCGGCUCACUGAUUAACAACGCCUAUACUAAGUGGAAUGCAACGCCAGUGAUAGUAAGCUUUGCAGAGAAGUCCACGCCAGUGUGGAAUAUACCCUUUCCGGCUAUCACCAUUUGCUCGGAGACGAAGCGCGUGGUUAAGAAGCAGGGCAGCAAUACUUAUGCUCAGCUGUACAGCAAAUUCAAGGAGGAUAUGCGUCAUACGCGCAUCUUCAAGCCACAGAAUGUUAGCGCCUAUGAAAUGGAGGAGUUCCGCACCUUGCUGCAUGUGUGCAACACGCAGAUUAUGGAUCAGGAUAUGCCGUUGAUACCUGGCGACGAGCUGAAUUAUUAUAAUGUGCUGGAGCGCAUGUUGCCGCCGUUCGAGCGUUACUUCUUCUACUGCCGCUGGCUGAGUCGCUUCAAUGAGUGCGACAAAUACUUUCGGCAGACUCUAACCGAGGAGGGCAUCUGCUAUACGUUCAACGGACUGCGUCCCACGGAAAUAUAUCGCGAGGACACCUAUCAGCACUACACCAGUAGCGAUGAGAAUGUCACAGCCUCGAGCUGGUCACUGGAGUCGGGCUAUGCGGCCAGCAGCGAUGUGGAAACUUAUCCGGCGCGCGUGCUUAGCGCUGGCGCACGCUCGGGCAUCUUUAUGGCGCUGCAGAGCUUUAAGCAGGAGGUGGACUAUGCCUGUCGUGGCCCCGUGCAGGGCUUUAAGGUUAUACUACAUGCGCCGGAUGAUGUUCCCUCCGUAUCGAAUCAGUUUGUGCGCAUACCCAUGGGCAGGGAAGUGCUCAUAGCUGUUAAGCCCAAUAUGAUUACCACCUCGGCGGGCAUUGCCGACUAUCAUCCGCAGCGGCGUCAAUGCUUUCUCAGUCAUGAGCGCUCGCUGCGCUUCUUCAAAGUCUACACCGAGUCCAACUGCCAGCUGGAGUGCCUGGCCAACUUUACGCUCACCAAAUGCGGCUGCGUCAAGUUCAGCAUGCCGCGCACUCUGGACAUGCCUGUCUGUGGCGAGGACAAGAUCUACUGCUACGAUCGCGCCGAGCGUGAGCUGCUAGUGCGUGAAUUCCAACGUGUGCGCAGCUUGAGUGUCGCCGGCGAGACGCAACGUGGCGCCGAGACCGCCUGCAAUUGCAUGCCCGCCUGCACUUCGCUGGUCUACAACACGGAGAUCUCUCAGGCCAACUUUGAUCUGGAUGAAAUGCUGGCGGCGGAGAACGACACAGACUUUAUGCGCGAGUAUCCUGGCUCGCAAAUGUCACGACUCUCCAUUUACUUCAAGCAGAGCCAGUUCAUUACCUCCAAGCGCUCCGAAAUUUAUGGCAUAACCGACUUUCUGGCCAACUGCGGUGGCAUCUUUGGUCUCUUCAUGGGCUUCUCCAUACUCAGCCUGGUGGAGAUCUUAUAUCACUUUACCUUGCGUUUCAUUGCCAACCUGAAACAGGUGACUAAAGUCGAUAAUUAA